AUGGCCGACGGACCGAAAACUGAGCAGGACAGCGGAAAUGAAACGUUAGAAAACUAUCUUGACGGGAUUUUUUCUAGCGCUUUGGCGGACCAGGUUGAAAGCGAGGAAGCAGUCGACAGGGAAGUUGAUAGACACGAAGACGAGAAGGCGGAGGCUGCUCCAAGAACGGUGGAACUCAGGAGACAGAACUCGUCGUCUUCGGUGUCGUCGUCCGGGUCGUCGUCUACGUAUUCGAUCGAGAUCUCGAGGACAUCGCCGCUGAUUUCUUUCUCUUCGAAUGCCAAGAAGACACGGAACAAGUGGAAGGCAUCGGAGGACUUUGCGCUGCUUGGGAUGGUGCUGAACUAUUCGCAUCUGCUUACGUUUGUCGAGUAUUUCAAGCCGAUGAAAAAGUUCUGGGGCAAGAUCUCGCAGGCUCUGAACGAACAGUACGGGUUCGAGAGAAACGCCAGACAAUGUCACGAUCGCUUCAAGGUGCUUUACGCCAAGGCGCUGAAGAUACAGGACGACAUCGACGAGGACGACACGUACAGCGGCACUCUGAACUCGGAAUCGAAGCAACUGUUGCUGCAAAUAAGGAACACGUUUACCUUCUGCAAGGGCAACAUCACCCUCAAGUCGCAGCCCGCGGUGGCCGGCGGCCACCCGGCUGAGGCGGCGGCCUCGGCUUCAAACUCAAGCACCGACAACCCGGAUCUCCGACAGCAGCCGCAUGAUGGGACCACUGAGACCGAAAGAAACGAAAGGGAAACCAUGCAUUCAUAUAUCUUUCAUGUACUCAGUAAUUUACAAGAACAAAUCGAUCUUCUAAGAAGUCAUCUACGAGCCACCGAUCGCAAGACCCAAGAAUUAGCCUCCACCCUUCAAGAUUUGAUCUCCGCGACCCAGUAUUCACUCCCAGAAACGGUUUCCUUCGCCAACGCGUCCACGAGCCGACCCGAUGAUCGCGAUGACAACCCGCACUCACACCUUCCUCAACCACCGAGAGGAUAG